AUGGUGUCUGCCGUUUCCAUACCACAGAUGGGGUACCAGCGGCCCGCACACUCGCCCCAAAUCGAAGAAGACUACGAAUACAAGACCAACAACUCCUCGUCCUAUGGCGGCGUCUACGUCUUCGAAAACGACCAGCACGAGGUGUCGAGCGUAGGUAUGCUUGGCUUGGAAGAUGCUCCCAACGGCAAAGGAACGGCGUCGCAGGCGUCGCGGAGGCGAAAACGGUGGUAUACGCGAUGGAAUUGGUCCCUAGAAGCGGCAAACUUCGCAGUGAGUCUUGCCGCCUUUAUUGGCAUCAUCGUUUUGCUCUGGCGCUACGACCAACAGACGCCGCCCGAGUGGCCGCUACAGCUGACUCUCAACACGCUGGUGGCCUUGAUGACGACCAUCUCGACCGCCGGCAUGAUGCUGCCACUGUACGAGGCGAUUGGCCAGUGGAAGUGGAACAUGUACUGGAACAAGACGCGGCCGCUCCACGACUUCCACGUCCUCGACCUCGCCAGCCGCGGGUUCUGGGGCUCGUGCUCGCUCGUCGCGCGGUUCCACGUGAAGCAUCCCGUCUCCGUAGCCGGCGCGCUGUGCAUCCUGAGCGCGCUCACCUACCCCAUCACCCAGCAGGUCCUCGACUACCCGAGCCGGCAGGUGGGCGACGCGGUGGACCGACUCGGCAUCACGCGGGCGCAAACAUGGGACGAAGCCAACGCCGCCGGCAUCACCAAGGCCAUCACGGAUGGGACUUCCUCCUUUGUCGACCAUGUCCCGGCCCACAUGCUGGCGACGUGUCCUACUUCGAAGUGCACUUUCCCCGUCCACCUCGUCACACCGCUCUCGUACGCUUUCCUCGCCCACGGCGCCGACCGCACGCUCGCCUUUGAGGGGGACGCCAUCAACUACGCCGUCUUGGCGGAUUUCUUCAUCAUCACCAGCGCCGCGGGCAACGUCUCGUACCCGGGAUACGACCGGACCCGAGAGGACGCGUGGCGGUUUCGGGCCUACGAGCUGCUUCUAUACCUGUGCGUCAACGAAUACGAGACAGCCAUGGAGCAGGGCAUCUCUGUGACCAACGUCACGUCGUCCUCGACCACGCCCGCAGGGCCCGGUUCCGAGAACACUGGCAUUUGCGAACCCCGCAGCGAUUCGGAGGGCGAGGAUGAUUUCGAAUUCGGCACCCCAUCCUUCCUGGGCACGUCGACGAAUCUCAACGUCAUCAUGUACUCUCAGCUCAUCUGGAACGGCCUCCAGUCCGACAGCGCCAUCGCCACCGCGGGCUCGUCGUUUUACCUACGGGCUGCCUUGUGGGGUCAGGAUGAUGCCCUCGAUGACGCCGAAACGCAGUUCGAGCGGCUCAAUAGCCUGUACGACGGCUUAGCAACGAGCAUGUCCAACCAUAUCCGGUCGUCUGAUGCUUUGCCCAUCGCGGGAACCGCCUGGAAGGAUGAGACGUUUGUCCAGGUGCGGUGGCCCUGGCUCACUUUUCUAGCGGCCAUGAUUGCAAUGUCUUUCUUCUUCUUCCUCUUUACCGUCAUCACCACGCACAGGCUUCAGGUCCCCGUCCUCAAGGGCUCUGCGAUAGGGAGCAUGCUCGCCCCGAAUCCCGAGGUGCAGAGCGCCUUGGGGUCGUUGCUGGAUCUGGAUGACGCCCAACAGAGAGCAAAGUUCGUGAGGGUCCGCUUUGAGGGGGAGAAAUUCCACCUGGACGACGGCAAUAAUCAACCAUGA